AGAACAGAAACAAGUGAUCAAUUUAACUUGCUACUACAAAAUGGAGUCUUGCAAGAAGCUCGUUCUUCUCGUCGUCACCGUGGCAUUGGUUCUUCAAGCCAUGGUGCCUCCUCCGACGGCAUUCGCUACUCGUAACGAUGUUAUGUCAAUAGUCGCUGGUGAAGCGAAGAACCCCGGCAACUAUUUGGCCAUGGUUUUGGAUGUUAACCGACCUCGCAACUGCAUCCCUAAAGGCGGUUGGUGUAUGUUCGACAUAAUGGGUUGCUGUAAGCCUUGCGGAUGCCUUGCCGGGUUUUGCUGGGUCGUCGGUGAAGAUUGCAACUGAGCUCCGUGUCGAAGGACGAUGAGCUUUUAUUGUUAUAUGUGUAUUUGAAUAAUGGACCUUCUGUUGUGUCCUUGUUUGGUUUAGCUGUGUGUAUUUUUGUAAGAAUUUGGUGCCUGUAAUGGUACUGUGUGCACCAAUGUUAUCGGUAUGCGAUG